AUGGCUCAGUUCCUGCGCGGAAAGCAAGCUGGUAUCCAGAAGGACCUGUCUGAGGGCUUAUCCCCGGACUUGUUCCUCCUGGACGAUUUCGCACGAUGUGGCGUGAACUCACAGAUUAGUGCUAUCGCAUACAAUCCCGUACAAUCCCUUAUCGCCGUCGGCACCAGCGAUACUUCAUUCGGCAGCGGACAGAUCUACGUCUUUGGACAACGGCGGGUCUCGGUGGUCUUCGAGUUCCCGCGCAAAGCAUCCGCGCGGUUCCUCCAGUUUUGCGCCGACAAGCUUGUUAGCAUCGACUCAAAGAAUCAAAUUUGCGUAUACUCUCUGGAAACUGGGCGCAUGGUGGUCUCCUAUGCGCCACCCGGCCAAGUGACUGCUUUGUUAACAGACCCUAGCUUGGACUAUGCGUUCAUUGGCCUGCAGAAUGGUGAAAUUAUUGCGUAUGAUCUCGAUCGAGAGUCCUUGACGCCGUUCAGGGUUCCGAACUUGUGGUUGGAACGCAACCCUCGCGCGAGGUUCUUCCCUGUUGUGUCGCUGGAGUUUUCUCCACGAGAUAUUGGCAAGAUUCUAGUGGGAUAUCCUGAGGGAGCGGUGACGUUCACAUUCAAGCAGAAUAUCGCUCAAAAGUUUUUUGUCUACGAGAUUCCUCCCGGGGCUCCGGGUGGUGAUUGUCUACCGUCUCAGGACGUGCGCAGACCGAAGCUGAAGAAAGCAAUCUGGCACCCCAAUGGAAUCUUUAUUUUGACUAUCCAUGAGGAUUCCAGUCUAGUCCUUUGGGAUACGAAGGACGGCCGUAAACUUCAUGCACGGACAGUCCAGACACCCAAUGUCGACCAGCCAGGUGCUGGUAGACCCGGCUCGCCCGGUGAUGAUACUGGACCCAAAGAGCCCAUCACAAAUGCCAUUUGGUGCGCUAAGGACAAUACGGACGAAACUGGUCUUCUGGUGGCUGGUGGUCGACCACCAGGCAAUCAAACCAAGGGCCUCGUUUUCCUGGAUAUGGGCCCAACCCCCAACUAUCAGACUUCAUCUUGGCAAAUUCUGUCUACUUACCUCGAGCGACCACGACGACAAAUGAACCUUUCUGUCCCACCGGGAGCUAAGGUUGUCGAUUUUUGCCUCAUCCCUCGAUCAUCGCCUUAUUUCAAUGGCGCCCAUGAUCCCAUCGCACUUCUUGCUAUCCUAUCCUCGGGUGAAAUUAUCUCUCUUAGUUUCCCCAGUGGACACGCAAUCACUCCUACUAAUAUGCUUCACCCUUUCCUCACUUUUGUUCAUCCCUUCGUAAACAAAGCAGUGCUCACUCCCGUUGAUCGGUCAGUAUGGCUCGGUCUGAGGGAGCGCCGUUUGCAGGGACCUAGAUUUGCGGUGGGUGGCAAAGAAGCAAAGAACCCCCUCAAGCGUUUUGAGAACCGCAACAUCAUUUCAACCGCGCAUGCAGAUGGAACCGUCCGUAUUUGGGAUUGUGGACAUGAUGAUGAAAUCGAGAAUGGCGAUGUGGUUCAAGUUGAUCUUGCCCGUGCCAUAGGUCGAGUCAGCAGCAUUGAAGUAACCGAAAUGUCUCUCGCCAGUGGCUCAGGCGAGAUGUCCAUCGGUCUCAAAACUGGAGAGCUUGCUAUCUUCCGAUGGGGCAACAAUUCCUCGUAUGGACGGGAAGAUCCUCCUGGUGCUAACCAAGGGCCAGGAAAGCUGACUCCGAUUACCCAGCGAACAGACCCUGGUCUGAAGACAGGAAUGCUUCCACUCACUCUUUUGGAUAUGCAACAAGGUCCGGUGACAGCGUUGAAGCAUGGACAGGUUGGAUUUGUUGCCGCCGGCUACCAGGGUGGUGCUUUGGUUAUCAUUGACCUGCGAGGUCCCGCGAUCAUACACACCGCCCAUCUGUCAGAGAUUCUCAAGGCACACAAGCGGAGUGGUUUCCGCAAGAGCCGUAUGUCGGAGGAAAACCAAGCAGAGUGGGCUACUCAGAUUGAGUUUGGUGUGAUGACCUUAGACGGUGAAGACUACUCAAGCAUCUGCUGCUUCGUCGGCACAAGCAGAGGAAAUGUGGCAACUUUCAAGAUUCUCCCUGCUUCCAAUGGCACAUAUGAAGCUGCUUUUGUUGGGUCCUCGUCAGUUGAAGACGCCGUUAUUAACAUCAUUCCCAUUGAUGCCGACUCUGGGGGUCUUGCUUUAGCCACCCCAAGUGCUGUCGGAGGGUUGAGAACUGGUGUUAAGGUCAAUGGUGUCGUUAUUGCUGUGACUGCAUCUGGCUGUCGCAUGUUUAAGCCCCCAACAGCAAAGGGUGCCCAUAAGUCAUGGGAGGAUUAUCUCUGCGACUCGGCAGCCGUCGUCAAGACCGAAGGACGGGGCUACAGCUUGGUCGGUCUCUUCGGCGAUGGCAACGCACGAGCAUUCUCGAUCCCUGCUCUUCGAGAUAUUGGUUGCGCCAAGAUUAGCCAUAUUGCAGAAAUGCGACGCCUUUCGGAGGCGUGCAUCACCCCUACAGGAAACAUUAUGACAUGGGUGGGCCCUUCAGAGAUAGGAUUGUUCAAUGUCUGGGGUAGUGGAAACGGACUGUAUGUGUUCCCAACAAAUUCUCCAUAUCACAAAGCUGACGCUGCCUGUAGGCAUCCCUCAAAAGACAAGCUUUUUAAUCCGGAAGCUGUGCUUCCCCCACGCCCUACCAUCACCAAUAUGCAAUGGAUCUCUGGCACACAAUACAUCUCGCCAGCAGACAUGGAUAUUCUAAUUGGUGGCCCGGAGCGACCUCCAUCAAAGAGGAUGCUUGAACAGAUGAAAUUCGAAGACGAAGAACGCCGAAAAGCCCUCAGAGAAGGCCGGGCCCCACCACCCCCUCAACAGAGCGGCAGUCAAGAAGGCUACUGGUCUUACAUGUCACGUCAAGUCCAGGAGCGCACCGAGCGUCUCGGCAUUGUCGGCGACAGCAUGGACAGACUAGAGGAAAACAGCAGCGGGUUCGCCAACGACGUUGGCAAAUACGUACAAUCACAAAAGAAGAAGGCUGUCUUAGGCUUACUUGGUUCAAAGUUUGGACUUUAG